CAUCCGGUGCCUAACCUGCCUCCCUUUCGCUCUCUGUCCUCUGUCUAGAUUGAGCGACGUCUUGACAACGUGAGGUCUGUGUGCCAUAAUUCCUGCAAGCGGCUCACUGGAUGUUUGCAUGGGCAGUACGGAACAGACGCGGAGAAGAGACACAAAAAACUCCCUCUCACUGCUUUGGCCCAGAAUAUGCAAGAAGGUGCUUUGCAGCUGAGUGACGAAACGUUGCUGGGGAAAAUGUUGGACACUUGUGGUGAAGCAGAGAAUAAGCUUGCGAUGGAGCUCUCGCACCAUGAAGUUCAGGUUGAAAAGGAUAUUUUAGAACCACUGAACCAAUUGACAGAGAUGGAAAUCCCAAACAUUCAGAAACAGAGGAAACAGCUUGCAAAGCUAGUGCUGGACUGGGAUUCCGCAAGAGCCAGAUGGAACCAGGCCCAUAAAACAUCGGCUACCAAUUUUCAAGGCCUUCCAUCUAAGAUAGACUCACUUAAGGAGGAGAUGGAUGAAGCAGGAACUAAAGUUGAGCUAUGCAAGGACCAACUGGCUGCAGACAUGUACAACUUCAUUUCCAAAGAAGGCGACUAUGCCAGAUACUUUGUCGCUUUAUUAGAAGCCCAAGCAGAGUACCACAGAAAGGCAUUAGCAGUCUUAGAAAAGGUGCUCCCCGAAAUCCAGGCCCAUCAAGACAAAUGGACAGAAAAGCCAGCUUUUGGAACUCUCCUGGAGGAGCACCUCAAACGCAGCGGCCGAGAAAUUGCCCUCCCGAUUGAGGCGUGUGUCAUGAUGCUCUUGGAAACUGGCAUGAAGGAAGAGGGCUUAUUCCGCAUUGCUGCUGGGGCCUCCAAACUCAAGAAGCUGAAAGCAGCGCUGGACUGCUCCUCAUCGCACCUGGAUGAGUUUUACUCAGACCCACAUGCUGUGGCGGGUGCCCUGAAGUCCUACCUGAGGGAGCUGCCGGAGCCACUGAUGACCUACACCCUGUAUGAUGAAUGGACUCAAGUGGCAAACAUUCAGGACCAGGACAGGAAACUUCAGGACCUGUGGAGGAUUUGUCAGAAGUUGCCUAACCCUCACCUGGCCAACUUCAGGUACCUGAUCAAAUUCCUAGCAAAGCUGGCCCAGUACAGCGACGUGAACAAGAUGACCCCAAGCAACAUCGCCAUUGUGCUGGGCCCAAACUUGCUGUGGGCCAAGAAUGAAGGCUCUCUUGCCGAAAUGGCAGCGGCAACUUCAGUGCAUGUGGUGGCUGUUGUCGAACCCAUCAUCCAGCAUGCAGCCUGGUUCUUCCCUGAAGAGAUGGAUUUCAAUGUGUCCGGAGCAUUUGUGGGACAGCCUGCUGUGAGUUCAAAUCACCUUCAUGCAGGGAGUGAUUUUGACUCCGGGACUCUGGAGCGAAAGAGGCCCGUGAGCAUGGCCGUGAUGGAUGGAGAGCUCCUGAGGAAGGAAAGCGUUGGUGUCAAGGUUAUGGACUUCCAGGUGAACCCCCGGAGAGGUGGCACUGUUAACAGAAAGCCCACGGCCCCCGCUUUCCAGCCGCCACUUCCACCCACUGAGGCUGGACCACUGGCUCAGGCCGUGGCAGAACAGCCUCCGCAGGGCGCUGGGGUUGAGCCGGGCCUCUUGGGUGCUGCCUCUGGCCCCCCUCCUGGCCCAGCAGAGCAACCCCAAAGCCACGGCACUGAGGACAGCAGCGCGCCAAAGACGAAGGACUCCCCGCCCAGCAGCACUCCUCCUCCCACAAGGAGCAGCGGACACGGCAGCACUGCCCAGGCGCACCCUCAGCCCGCCAGCGGCGGCUCCGUCCAGCUUCCUGCUGGGCAGGCACAGAGUGCCGCGGGGCCCAGCCCGCACGCCCUCAGGCGAGCGGUCAAAAAGCCCGCCCCAGCCCCUCCGAAGCCAGCCAACCCACCGCCCGGCCAGCCGGCCAGCCAGAGCACUGCCCCAGCCCCGCUGCCGCCCUCUGUGUCCCCCAGGCCACCUGCUCGGAGCCCUUCCCCUCCCAGCCAGCAUCCCAGCCCCGGGGGGCCUGGCCUCCCCUCCGCAUCGUCCCAGGGCUCUGCCCCUCGGCGGUACUCCAGCAGCCUGGCCUCCAUACAUGCUCCCAGCCACCCACCCCCACAGCCCCCCACACAGGCGGCGGCUGCCCCCACUCCGCAGGGGAAGGCGAGCAGCCCCGGCCCCUCCCCCCCCGCAGCCCCCAGCACCGAGCUGGAGCGGCCCUCGCCCACUCCGCCACACACUCCCUCCCCCCCGGACACCCCACCCCUCGAGAAGCACAGCACCAGCGCCCCCGCGGUCCCGCCGGCCUCCCAGGAUGCGCCACCAGCUCAGUCCCCUGCUCAGACGGGCACGCUGCCAAGGCCGAGGCCGGUCCCCAAGCCGCGGAACCGCCCCACCAUCCCGCCUCCGCCUCACCCGCCUGCUGUUCACCCAGCCGGAGAUGGCGCCCUUCCGGGAGGACAGCCUUCGACCGCAUCCCGCUUGGUGACUGACUCCAGUUCGACUGUUCCAGAGCCACUGCGAGGCCUCCCAGCUGCAGAGCUUUCUACAGCGGAGUUGGCAACCUUGCCAAACCAGAAUUCACACAACCACCUUGUGCUGGACAUCAACCACGACUCUGAAAGCACCGCGUUGUAAAGGACGAAGCCACUCUGCGGCGCCGGCCCGGCCUCCCCAGAGUGAAGCAGACAGGCAAGGCUCCACAGCGAGAAGCUCCUGCACCGAGGGGAACCUGGCCCACCCUGGGGAAAGCUUCAUGACCUGUGCCUCGGCGGGGUCUUCACGGGCUGGGCUGCUCGGGCUGCUGCCGAAGCGUGCGUUGGGCGCGCAGUUGCUGCCGUUAACCAAGAUGGCAUUCGCCAGAAAAAUUCCAAGAGAAUCCAAAGCAAUGCAUGCAUAAUGGAAAUAACCUCCUUUAAAGGCCUUUUUGAACUCUUACUCCUAAUUCUUUGCUCUUACCAAGGAGAUGGUUUACCAGAGAAACUCCAUCUCUGACAUGCUGCAGACUUUUCGUUACAGUAAUGAACCAAAAACAUGCCACACAUGCAGGGGGCGACUGCUGGUUUCGGUCCCUUCCCCAAGCGGCGGGUGCAGCUUUGUGCCUUGAUGGACUGUUUUACUGCAGGAGGAAACAUGCUGUCUCUCUAACCAUUUCAGUGCUACUCUUUUUUAAAGUAUUGUUAUUUACGCCCUUGUUUUUCAUAGUUAUUUGUAUUAACUAUCCUGCUUUGGUCUCUGUAAUGUCUGUAGGCAGCUGAUAUCGAGCUGGAAACUUUGGAUAAUGCGUAUUGCUUUCAGCUGUUAUAAAUGAGUUGAAAUUUGAAA